AGGAGGGGCAAAAAGAGUAUUCUGUUACAUGAAUACUGCAAAAUGUAUGGUAUAGCACACUACCCUAGAGUUGUUCGUGGUCAUCCAGAAGAAGCAUGAGCUUAAUGGCAUGGCAGUUACUUUGGAGGAAGGCCAGGAAUCCAACAGCUAGAAUUUGAAGCAGAGCACCAGAUGAAGCUGCAACGGAAGGUUGGAGCCUUGAACGCCUUGGAAAUAAUGUGGUCUCUUGUUCCCUGCAUCGCAAUGUGUUUUAUGUCAUGGCACACAAAGAAAACAAUAUUUGAACCCCCCACUGGGUUACAGUGGAAAGGAUUUGGGAACAUCUGUAUGUGGCUUAGUGAAAAAAUGACAUUUUUACUUUAAACCAUUUUAACACAAAAACCAAAUGGAAACCAUUACAGAGACUGUUAACUCCUGAAUUUGUAUAAAACUUCCACAAAAAUAUCUUACCUAAUUUUUUAGUGUGAAACUUCAAGGUCAUUUUCAUGAAUGUAACUUCUCUAAAAAUGUUUAAUUGUGAAAUACAGAAGAAUAUAUAAAACACAUGCACAAUUUUAGAAAUAUCAACAAAAUGGCUAGCUGUGUAGUGAUCGCCCAGGUUAUGAAACAGAACAUUGCCAAUAUCUUAAAAGUCCCCAGUGUAUACCUAUCAUACCUUCUUCCUCCACCUGCCCAGAGAUAACCCCAUAUGGCUCUUGUGAUAAUUAUACCCUUGCUUCUUUCUUUUUUCUUUCUUUCUUUUAUUUUUUUCCUGGAGACGGAGUUGCACUCCUGUCGCCCAGGCUGAAAUGCAAUGGCACGAUCUCGGCUCACCGCAACCUCCACCUCCCGAAUUCAAGCGAUUCUCCUGCCUCAGCCUCCUGAAUAGCUGGGAUUACAGGCAUGUGCCACCAUGCCCAGCUAAUUUUGUAUUUUUAGUACAGACAGGGUUUCAUCAUGUUGGUCAGGCUGGUCUCGAACUCCUGACCUCAGGUGAUCCACCUGCCUUGGCCUCCCAAAGUACUGGAAUUACAGGCAUGAGCCACCACACCUGGCCCAUAUUUGUGUAUCCUAAACAAGACAAUUCACCUGGUUUUGAAUGCUAAGUAAGUGGUGUCAUCCUGUGAUCUGCUUCUUGCACUCAACACCAUGCUUGUGAGUGUCACUGUGUUAAUGUGCAUAAUUGUAGUUCAUUUGUUUUUCCGAUCCAGAGUAUUCCAUUAUAUAGCUACACCACAAUUUGUUUGUCCAUUCUGCUGCUAAUAGACUGGAGUUAGCCUCAGUUUUUAUUUACAAAAAAAAAAUGCUGCCACAAACAUACUUGAUCACAUCACUGGAAUACGUGUGAAAGAGCUUCUUUAAGGUAUGUGUUUGGAGUAAAAUCUCUGGGUCAUGGGGCGGUGCUUCUCAAACAUUAACAUGUGCAUGACAUUCUGAUUUAGCAGGUCUGAGGCAGGGUCUGAGAUUCCACAUUUUUUAUUUACUUACUUACUUAUUUAUUUAUCUUAUUUUAUUUUUGAGACAGUCUCUCUGUCGCCCAGGCUGGAGUGCAGUGACGCGAUCUCAGCUCACUGCAACCUCCACCUCCCAGGUUCAAGCAAUUCUCCUGCCUCAGCUUCCCGAGUAGCUGGGACUACAGGCCCACGAUUCCAAUGCUGCUGGUCCAGGAACCACAUACGGAAAAAGCCAAGAUGGCUGAAUAGGAACAGCUCCAGUCUACAGCUCCCAGCAUGAGCGACGCAGAAGACGGGUGAUUUCUGCAUUUCCAUCUGAGGUACUAGGUUCAUCUCACUGGGGGAGUGUCGGACAGUGGGUGCAGGACAGUGGGUGCAGCAUACCGAGCGUGACCUGAAGCAGGGCAAGGCAUUGCCUCACCCGGGAAGCGCAAGGGGUCAGGGAAUUCCCUUUCCUAGUCAAAGAAAGGGGUGACAGAGGGCACCUGGAAAAUCGGGUCACUCCCACCCUAAUACCGUGCUUUUCCGAUGGUCUUAGCAAACGGCACACCAGGAGAUUAUAUCCUGUGCAUGGCUCAGAGGGUCCUACGCCCACGGAGCCUCGCUCAUUGCUAGCACAGCAAUCUGAGGUCAAACUGCAAGGCAGCAGCGAGGCUGGAGGAGGCGCGCCUGCCAUUGCCGAGGCUUGAGUAGGUAAACAAAGCGGCCGGGAAGCUCGAACUGGCUGGAGCCCACUGCAGCUCAAGGAGGCCUGCCUGCCUCUGCAGACUCCACCUCUGGGGGAAGGGCAUAGCCAAACAAAAGGCAGCAGAAACCUCUGCAGACUUAGAUGUCCCUGUCUGACAGCUUUGAAGACAGUAGUGGUUCUCCCAGCACGCAACUUGAGAUCUGAGAAUGGACAGACUGCCUCCUCAAGUGGAUCCCUGGCCCCCGAGUAGCCUAACUGGGAGGCACCCCCCAGUAGGGGCAGACUGACACCUCACAUGGCCGGGUAUUCCUCUGAGACAAAACUUCCAGAGGAACGAUCAGGCAGCAACAUUUGCUGUUCACCAAUAUCCACUGUUCUGCACCCUCUGCUGCUGAUACCCAGGCAAACAGGGUCUGGAGUGGACUUCCAGCAAACUCCAACAGACCUGCAGCUGAGGGUUCUGACUGUUAGAAGGAAAACUAACAAACAGAUAGGACAUGCACACCAAAACCCCAACUGUACGUCACCAUCAUCCAAGACCAAAGGUAGAUAAAACCACAAAGAUGGGGAAAAAACAGAGCAGAAAAACUGGAAACUCUAAAAAUCAGAGCACCUCUCCUUCUCCAAAGGAACGCAGCUCCUCACCAGCAACGGAACAAAGCUGGAUGGAGAAUGACUUUGACGAGUUGAGAGAAGAAGGCUUCAGACGAUGAAACUACUCCGAGCUAAAGGAGGAAGUUCGAACCCAUGGCAAAGAAGUUAAAAACCUUGAAAAAAAAUUAGAUGAAUGGCUAACGAGAAUAACCGAUGCAGAGAAGUCCUUAAAGGACCUGAUGGAGCUGAAAACCAAGGCACGAGAACUACGUGAUGAAUGCACAAGCCUCAGUAGCCGAUGCGAUCAACUGGAAGAAAGGGUAUCAGUGAUGGAAGAUCAAAUGAAUGAAAUGAGGCAAGAAGAGAAGUUUAGAGAAAAAAGAAUAAAAAGAAAUGAACAAAGCCUCCAAGAAAUAUCGGACUAUGUGAAAAGACCAAAUCUAUAUCUGAUUGAUGUACCUGAAAGUGACGGGGAGAAUGGAACCAAGUUGGAAAACACUCUGCAGGAUAUUAUCCUGGAGAACUUCCCCAAUCUAGCAAGGCAGGCCAACAUUCAAAUUCAGGAAAUACAGAGAAUGCCAAAAGAUACUCCUCGAGCAGAGCAACUCCAGGACACAUAAUUGUCAGAUUCACCAAAGUUGAAAUGAAGGAAAAAAUGUUAAGGGCAGCCAGAGAGAAAAGUCGGGUUACCCACAAAGGGAAGCCCAGCAGACUAACAGCUGAUCUGUCGGCAGAAGCUCUACAAGCCAGAAGAGAGUGGGGGUCAAUAUUCAACAUUCUUAAAGAAAAGAAUUUUCAAUCCAGAAUUUCAUAUCCAGCCAAACUAAGCUUCAUAAGUGAAGGAGAAAUAAAAUCCUUUACAGACAAGCAAAUGCUGAGAGAUUUUGUCACCACCAGGCCUGCCCUAAAAGAGCUCCUGAAGGAAGCACUAAACAUGGAAAGGAACAACUGGUACCAGCUACUGCAAAAACAUGCCAAAUUGUAAAGACCAUCAAGGCUAGAAAGAAACUGCAUCAACUAACAAGCAAAAUAACCGGCUAACAUCAUAAUGACAGGAUCAAAUUCACACAUAACGAUAUUAACCUUAAAUGUAAAUGGGCUAAAUGCUCCAAUUAAAAGACACAGACUGGCAAAUUGGAUAAAGAGUCAAGACCCACCAGUGUGCUGUAUUCAGGAAACCCAUCUCACGUGCAGAGACACACAUAGGCUCAAAAUAAAGGGAUGGAGGAAGAUCUACCAAGCAAAUGGAAAACAAAAAAGGCAGAGGUUGCAAUCCUAGUCUCUGAUAAAACAGACUUUAAACCAACAAAGAUCAAAAGGGACAAGGCCAUUACAUAAUGGUAAAGGGAUCAAUUCAACAAAGAGAGCUAACUAUCUUAAAUAUAUAUGCACCCAAUACAGGAGCACCCAGAUUCAUAAAGCAAGUCCUUAGUGACCUACAAAGAGACUUAGACUCCCACACAAUAAUAAUGGGAGACUUUAACACCCCACUGUCAACAUUAGACAGAUCAACAAGACAGAAAGUUAACAAGGAUACCCAGGAAUUGAACUCAGCUCUGCACCAAGCGGACCUAAUAGACAUCUACAGAACUCUCCACCCCAAAUCAACAGAAUAUACAUUCUUUUCAGCACCACACCACACCUAUUCCAAAACUGACCACACAGUUGGAAGUAAAGCACUCCUCAGCAAAUGUAAAAGAACAGAAAUUAUAACAAACUGUCUCUCAGACCAGAGUGCAAUCAAACUAGAACUCAGGAUUAAGAAACUCACUCAAAACCGCUCAACUACAUGGAAACUGAACAACCUGCUCCUGAAUGACUACUGGGUACAUAAUGAAAUGAAGGCAGAAAUAAAGAUGUUCUUUGAAACCAACGAGAACAAAGACACAACAUACCAGAAUCUCUGGGACACAUUCAAAGCAGUGUGUAAAGGGAAAUUUAUAGCACUAAAUGCCCACAAGAGAAAGCAGGAAAGAUCUAAAAUUGACACCCUAACAUCACAAUUAAAAGAACUAGAGAAGCAAGAGCAAACACACUCAAAAGCUAGCAGAAGGCAAGAAAUAACUAAGAUCAGAGCAGAACUGAAGAAAACAGAAACACAAAAAACCCUUCAAAAAAUCAAUGAAUCCAGGAGCUGGUUUUUUGAAAAGAUCAACAAAAUUGAUAGACCACUAGCAAGACUAAUAAAGAAGAAAAGAGAGAAGAAUCAAAUAGACGCAAUAAAACAUGAUAGAGGGGAUAUCACCACCAAUCCCACAGAAAUACAAACUACAAUCAGAGAAUACUAUAAACACCUCUAUGCGAAUAAACUAGAAAAUCUAGAAGAAAUGGAUAAAUUCCUCGACACAUACACCCUCCCAAGACUAAACCAGGAAGAAGUUGAAUCUCUGAAUAGACCAAUAACAGGCUCUGAAAUUGAGGCAAUAAUUAAUAGCUCACCAACCAAAAAAAGUCCAGGACCAGAUGGAUUCACAGCCGAAUUCUACCAGAGGUACAAGUUGGAGCUGGUACCAUUCCUUCUGAAACUAUUCCAAUCAAUAGAAAAAAAGGGAAUCCUCUCUAACUCAUUUUAUGAGGCCAGCAUCAUCUUGAUACCAAAGCCUGGCAGAGACACAACAAAAAGAGAGAAUUUUAGACCAAUAUCCCUGAUAAACAUCGAUGCAAAAAUCCUCAAUAAAAUACUGGCAAACCGAAUCCAGCAGCACACCAAAAAGCUUAUCCACCAUGAUCAAGUGGGCUUCAUCCCUGGGAUGCAAGGCUGGUUCAACAUAUGCAAAUCAAUAAACGUAAUCCAGCAUAUAAACAGAACCAGCAACAAAAACCACAUGAUUAUCUCAAUAGAUGCAGAAAAGGCCUUUGACAAAAUUCAACAACCUUCAUGCUAAAAACUCUCAAUAAAUUGGGUAUUGAUGGGACGUAUCUCAAAAUAAUAAGAGCUAUCUGUGACAAACCCACAGCCAAUAUCAUACUGAAUGGGCAAAAACUGGAAGCAUUCCCUUUGAAAACUGUCACAAGACAGAAAUGCCCUCUCUCACCGCUCCUACUCAACAUAAUGUUGGAACUUCUGGCCAGGGCAAUCAGGCAGGAGAAGAAAAUAAAGGGUAUUCAAUUAGGAAAAGAGGAAGUCAAAUUCUCCCUGUUUGCGGAUGACAUGAUUGUAUAUCUAGAAAACCCCAUUGUCUCAGCCCAAAAUCUCCUUAAGCUGAUAGGCAACUUCAGCAAAGUCUCAGGAUACAAAAUCAAUGUGCAAAAACCACAAGCAUUCUUAUAUACCAAUAACAGACAAACAGAGAGCCAAAUCAUGAGUGAACUCCCAUUCACAAUUGCUUCAAAGAGAAUAAAAUACCUAGGAAUCCAACUUACAAGGGAUGUGAAGGACCUCUUCAAGGAGAACUACAAACCACUGCUCAAUGAAAUAAAAGAGGACACAAACAAAUGGAAGAACAUUCCAUGCUCAUGGGUAGGAACAAUCAAUAUCGUGAAAAUGGCCAUACUGCCCAAGGUAAUUUAGAGAUUCAAUGCCAUCCCCAUCAAGCUACCAAUGACUUUCUUCACAGAAUUGGAAAAAACUGCUUUAAAGUUCAUAUGGAACCAAAAAAGAGCCCACAUUGCCAAGUCAAUCCUAAGCCAAAAGAACAAAGCUGAAGGCAUCAUGCUACCUGACUUCAAACUCUACUGCAAGGCUACAGUAACCAAAACAGCAUGGUACUGGUACCAAAACAGAGAUAUAGACCAAUGGAACAGAACAGAGCCCUCAGAAAUCAUGCUGCAUAUCUACAAGCAUCUGAUCUUUGACAAACCUGACAAAAACAAGAAAUGGGGAAAUGAUUCCCUAUUUAAUAAAUGGUGCUGGGAAAACUGGCUAGCCAUAUGUAGAAAGCUGAAACUGGAUCCCUUCCUUACACCUUAUACAAAAAUUAAUUCAAGAUGGAUUAAAGACUUAAACGUUAGAACUAAAACCAUAAAAACCCUAGAAGAAAACCUAGGCAAUACCAUUCAGGACACAGGCAUGGGCAAGGACUUCAUAUCUAAAACACCAAAAGCAAUGGCAACAAAAGCCAAAAUUGACACAUGGGAUCUAAUUAAACUAAAGAGCUUCUGCACAGCAAAAGAAACUAUCAUCAGAGUGAACAGACAACCUACAGAAUGGGAGAAAAUUUUUGCAAUGUACUCAUCUGAUGGAGGGCUAAUAUCCAGAAUCUACAAUGAACUCAAACAAAUUUACAAGAAAAAAACAACCCCAUCAACAAGUGGGCGAAGGAUAUGAACAGAUACUUCUCAAAAGAAGACAUUCAUGCAGCCGAAAGACACGUGAAAAAAUGCUCAUCAUCACUGGCCAUCAGAGAAAUGCAAAUCAAAACCACAAUGAGCUACCAUCUCACACCAGUUAGAAUGGCGAUCAUUAAAAAGUCAGGAAACAACAGGUGCUGGAGAGGAUGUGGAGAAAUAGGAACACUUUUACACUGUUGGUGGGACUGUAAACUAGUUCAACCAUUGUGGAAGUCGGUGUGGCGAUUCCUCAGGGAUCUAGAACUAGAAAUACCAUUCGACCCAGCCAUCCCAUUACUGGGUAUAUACCCAAAAGAUUAUAAAUCAUGCUGCUAUAAAGACACAUGCACACGUAUGUUUAUUGCAGCACUAUUCACAAUAGCAAAGACUUGGAACCAACCUAAAUGUCCAACAAUGAUAGAUUGGAUUAAGAAAAUGUGGCACAUAUACACCAUGGAAUACUAUGCAGCCAUAAAAAAUGAUGAGUUCAUGUCCUUUGUAGGGACAUGGAUGAAGCUGGAAACCAUCAUUCUCAGCAAACUAUCACGAGGACAAAAAAUCCAAACACCACAUGUUCUCACUCAUAAGUGGGAAUUGAACAAUGAGAACACGUGGACACAGGAAGGGGAACACCACACACCGGGGCCUGUUGUGGGGUUGGGGGUGGGGGGAGGGAUAGCAUUAGGAGAUAUACCUAACCCUAACUGACGAGUUAAUGGGUGCAGCACACCAACACGGCAUGUGUAUACAUAUGUAACAAACCUGCACGUUGUGCACAUGUACCCUAAAACUUAAAGUAUAAUAAAAAAAAAAAUCUAAAAUUUUAUUUAAAAGAAACAUGAGUUUUUUUCUUUGUCCAAUGUAGUAUUAAAAUUUACUGUUAUAAUGCUGAUAGAUUUCAAAUCCAAUUUUAUGUCUUCCAAUCAAAUUUUUAUUUCUUUUUUAAAAUUGUAUUUUGAGACACAGUUUUACUCUGUCAUCCUGGCUGGAAUGCAAGGGCGUGAUCAGGGUUCACUGCAGCCUCUAACUUCCAGGCUCAAGCCAUCCUCCUGCCUCAAACUCCCCUGCCAGGCCCUCUAACCCUCAGUAGCUGGAACUCCAGGUGUGCACCUCAGCCCUCCCAAAGUGCUGGGAUUACAGGCAUGAGCUGCCACUCCCGGCAUCAAAUUGUUCAAAAUGAUAAUGCAACUAAUUCUAAAAAUGCACAUGCACUGUUAGAGCAAUCACCCUGUAGCCACACAGAGGGCACAUCAGUGAUUAUUGAGCAAAAGAAUCAAAUACAUGUGAAGACAGAAAUUUGGACCAGUACGCCAGCUUGCAGCAUUCCCCCUUCCCCAACCAGCCAUACCUUGGGUUGAGCUUCCUGGACACCCGGGCAACAUUCUCCUUCUGCAUCUCUGUGGGUAACAUGUCUGCAGUGGGCAGUGGAGGACAUGGGCAAACCUGGCCCAACUCAGGCUACCAUCCAAGAAGCCUCAGGAGAAGCUGCUUUUACCUGAAGCUGAUAGGCCCAGGAGCAGCCUGGAUCACUGGCCAAUUGAUAUUUUGUACCACACCUGUAGCCUGUUUCCCUUCCCUGGGAUACAGGCUGGGAAGCUAUGCUCUAGUAAAGAAGAAACCUUAGAAUACUUUAGGGUGUAGUAAGAAAGACCACUGGAGGCAGUGGAUGAAUGAGAACAGCUGUUCUCAAUUCUGGCUGCAUAGUCAAAUCUACCAAGUUGCUUUAAAAUUAUCCUGGUAGCUGGGGCCUCACUUCCAGGGAGUCUGAUGUAAUUGCUACGGAUAAGGCACAGACAUCAGUAAAUUUUUUUGAGAUAGGGUCUAGAUUUGUUGUCCAGGCUAGUCUCAAAUUCCUGGGCUUAAGUGGUGCUCCAACCUCAGCCUCCUGUGUAGCUAGGAUUACAAGUGUGUGCCACCCUGCCUGGCCAGGCAUCAGUAAUUUUUUAAGAGUUCUCCAGAUGAUUUAAAUAAGCAAUUGGUCAUGAAAAUUGCUAGAUUAUGUGCUCCAGGGCAGGGAUAUCAUUGGGGAGCAUAGGCAGUAAGGAAGAAACUGGAGGACCUGGACUGUGUCUGCGAAGUUGAAGCGGGAGUGCUGGUGUAGACCAGUAUUUUUUAGAGUGUAGUCAUCUGAACUUCUAACACAUAUAGGUUCCUGGGCCUCAUCUAUAUAAUUAGAAUGUCUUGAGUGGGACCCAGUGAUCUGCAUUUUAAAUAAGCUCCCCAGGUGAUUCUUAGAACACUGAUACUUGAAACAUGAUAAAUAAUUUGCAGACAGAACCUACACCAUUCUAUCAUUACCUACAGGUAAUAAUAUAAAGAUUUUUAAAACUGACUUCAAGAAUUCACUGGAGUAUCAUAUACCCAAAUGAAAUACAUGAAUAAUUCACCAAAAGGCAUGUCUUAGAAUAAGCCUCAGUGAAACCAGCAAAAGAACAUAUCCGGCCAACUUUCAGAAAAUUAAUAAAUCAUUGCUAUUAUAAGCCAUGGUUUUGAACUUGUUACAUAGCAAUAUAUAACGAACAUAGCUGUGAAUGGUAUUCAAUUUGCUGCCCACGCGGGAGAUGAGCAUUACUUCAGAGUACAGAAGGAAAUUGAGUGGAAGAAGCAAUAGUGCAUUAGUUUGUUUUCACACUGCUAAUAAAGCCAUACCCAAGACUGGGUAAUUUAAACAGAAAAGAGGUUUAAUGGACUCACAGUUCCACAUGGCUGGCGAGGCCUCACAAUCACGGCAGAAGACAAAAACGAGCAAGUCGCAUCUUACGUGGAUGGCAGCAGGCAAAGAGAGAGAGAACCUGUGCAAGGGAACUCCUCCUCAUGAAAUCAUCAGAUCUUGUGAGACUUAUUCGCUAUCACGAGAACAGCACAGGAAAGACUGCCCCCAUGAUUCAAUUAUCUCCCACUGGGUCCCUCCCAUGACACGUGGGAGUUGUGGAAGCUACAAUUCAAGAUGAGACUUGGGUGGGGACACAGCCAAAUCAUAUCAAAUAGGUAAGAGCAGAGAAUAAUUAACUUGUUGACUCUUCUUAGCCUACCAGCAGUUUAUACUCAUAUUACAAAAUGUCAUUUCCUGAUAAUGCCAGAGAAUCCACUUACUUGCUUUUCUUUGUGUUUCAGUCCUCAGUUCUGAGAUACUCACAAAUUAGUAUAGUGUUGCAACAGUUGCACAUAGCAGCUGAGGAACAUUUUGCAAAAAUCACAAAAUUCAUAUUACUCUUGAAUUUGUGUAUAAAUAUAUAGACCUAGAGGUAAUGUGAAUGGUGUUACUAAUCAUAAUUCUUUCCAUUGGAAAGUAGGUAGACAUUGAAUACUAGAAUUGAGUAGUUUUAUUUUCUAUGAAAAUAUUUCAU